AUGAGCGUGCAGAACCUCAACACCUUCGAUCCCUUCGCAGACGAGGGAGACCCUCUUGGCAGCACUCAGGACGUUGGAUCUCAGGCAAACUAUAUCCACAUCCGCAUUCAGCAGCGGAACGGUCGCAAGACCCUGACGACGCUUCAGGGCCUUCCCAAAGAGUAUGAUCUCAAGAAGCUCUUGAAGGCAUUCAAGAAGGAAUUCGCCUGUAACGGUACUCUCGUUGAGGAUGAGGAGGCCGGACAAGUCAUCCAACUCCAGGGCGACCAAAGGCUGAAGAUUUCCACGUUCCUUGUCCAAGAGGGCAUCCCGAAGAGCACCAUCAAGGUUCACGGUUUCUGA